AUUUUACUAAAAAGAAACAAUUCAAUUUCGCAAAAAAAAAACAGUCUGCGCAGUGAACUUGUGAAUUAUUCCAGUCGAUUCAAUCAUUAUUUACCGUUAUAUGCGAUCAGCUAAACGUUGAGAAAAAACUAGAGGUUUCAGCCAUGGGGGACUCCUUGGAAGGGAGUGAGAACACACCGGAGCCCCAGAAUGUGGCCCUGGUGGACUUCACAGCCUUCACUAACUACAUCCUCAAAGCAGCCACCGUGUUGCUGCCAGAGGAUGACUCCCAAGCCGAACCCAAAAAUCUGGUCGCAGCUCUCGACGAUAAAGUCAACCAGGAGUGUAUCAGAAAGUUCAUCAGUGAUCCUCAAGUUACAACGCUGUACAUUCAGAGGAAUUCAUCUAAAGAUGAUGACAACGAUCAACCACCGGAAGGUGAAGAAGAAAAAGAGCCAGUGGCUUACUAUGUGAGCAAUGAAGUGCAUUAUUCGAACUCGAAAAUGUCCAGCUUGGUUUGCAUCAAACGAAACCCAGUUAUUGAAGCUGAUAAGAGCAUUCGUGCCCAGGUCAGAAUGCUGAAUUUCAGCGAGGGAUCCCCCUACGAGAUCCUGCAUGAUUACAUCAGCAAAACCAUGGCACCAUUUUUUAAGUCAUACGUAAAGGAGUCUGGGAGAGCUGACAGGGAUGGUGAUAAAAUGGCUCCCUCAGUGGAGAAAACCAUUGCCGAAUUGGAAAUGGGUCUGUUGCAUCUACAACAAAACAUCGACAUACCUGAAAUCACCCUUCAAAUUCACCCCUAUGUGGCCUCCCUUAUUAAGCAGUGCGCCGAUGAGGGCAGAAAACCGAAAGUGUCGGAUUUUAGUAACAAAGUGGACGAUUCCAACUUUUUAAACCAGCUGCAGCAUGGAGUUAAUAGAUGGAUUAAAGAGAUUCAAAAGGUAACCAAGUUGGACAGGGAUCCUUCAUCCGGAACAGCGCUGCAAGAAAUCAGCUUUUGGCUCAAUCUUGAAAGAGCCUUGCAUCGCAUCCAGGAAAAGCGUGAAAGCCUGGAAGUCAUCCUAACUCUGGACAUUCUCAAGCAUGGCAAGCGUUUCCAUGCUACAGUCUCGUUCGACACAGAUACCGGCCUAAAACAAGCCAUCGCCACUGUGAACGAUUACAAUCCUCUGAUGAAGGACUUUCCAAUCAACGAUUUGCUCUCCGCUACUGAGCUGGAACGGAUCAGGGCGGCUGUUCAACAGAUUUUCUCCCAUUUGCGCAAAGUGCGAUCGACUAAAUAUCCGAUUCAGCGAUCUCUGCGACUUGUCGAGGCAAUUUCUAGAGAUCUGGGGGCGCAGCUACUCAAAGUGCUCGGCACCCGAAGAUUGAUGCAUAUUUCGUUUGAGGACUUUGAGAAAGUCAUGACUCAGUGUUUUGAGGUGUUUUCCAUUUGGGAGGACGAGUACGAGAAGUUGCAAGCUUUACUAAGGGAUAUAAUUAAGAAAAAGCGCGAUGAGCACAUGAAAAUGGUGUGGCGCAUAUCAGCGCAGCACAAGAAGCUGCAGAGCCGCAUGGAUCAAAUGUGCAAAUUCCGACACCAGCACGACCAACUUCGGAAUGUCAUAAUCCGCGUUUUGAGGCCAUCCAUUCGGGAAGCUGCGGCGGCGAAUGAAGGAGAAGACCUGGAACAAGUGAAGCCAACGUUUUCGCUGGAUGCCGCUGAUGUGAAUGCCAUCGAGGAGGUGAAUAUGGCCUAUGAGAACGUCAAGGAAGUAGAAUGCUUGGACAUAUCCAAAGAGGGCCAAGACGCUUGGGACGCAGCAGUGCAACGCUAUGAAGAGCGAAUUGAUCGCGUGGAAACUCGCAUCACUGCUCAUCUUCGCGACCAGCUCGGCACCGCAAAGAACGCGAACGAAAUGUUCAGGAUCUUCUCCAGAUUCAAUGCUCUGUUUGUGCGCCCGCACAUCAGAGGCGCCAUCAGGGAAUACCAAACACAUUUAAUCCAACGCGUCAAAGACGACAUCGAGGCUCUACAUGAGAAGUUUAAGGUCCAGUAUCCACAGAGUAACAGUGCGGCGAUAAGUAAAGGCCGCGACUUGCCCCCAGUUGCUGGUUCCAUUAUUUGGGCCAAACAAAUCAAUCAUCAACUUACAACGUAUCUUAAACGAGUGGAAGAUGUAUUAGGUAAAGGUUGGGAAAACCACAUCGAAGGUCAAAAACUGAAAGCGGACGGUGAUAGUUUCCGUUUGAAGCUCAACACUCAGGAGAUCUUUGAGGAAUGGGCCCGCAACGUGCAGCAGCGAAAUCUGGGGGUGUCUGGCAGGAUUUUUAUGAUUGACGCAAUUCGAGCGAAAAAUGGGCGCGGAAACAUCUACAAGCUCAGAGUAAAUUUCCUGCCUGAAAUCAUCACUCUUGCCAAAGAAGUGCGCAACCUGAAGAGUCUGGGAUUCCGCAUACCGUUGGCGAUCGUGAAUAAGGCCCAUCAAGCCAACCAACUGUACCCAUUUGCCAUUUCGUUGAUCGAGAGCGUCAGAACAUACGAGAUGACUCUGGAAAAGAUUGAAGAUAAAGCAAGCAUAAUUCCACUGGUGGCUGGCAUGCGGAAAGAAGUGCAAAGCUUGAUUGAGGAAGGAGCGUCGCUUGUGUGGGAAAGUUACAAGCUAGACCCGUACGUUCAGAAGUUCUCCGAGACAAUUGUGGCUUUCCAAGAGAAAGUUGAAGAGUUGGUUCUGGUUGGUGAGCAACUCGAGGUGGACGUGCGAUCGUUGGAAACCUGUCCUUAUUCGGCCAAUACGUUUGCGGAAAUUUUGGCCAAGGUUCAACAUGCAGUGGACGACUUAUCCUUGAAACAGUACUCAAACUUCCAUAUUUGGGUGAACAGAUUGGGAGAAGAGGUCGAGAAAAAUUUAGCUCGUCGUUUACAAGCAGGCGUUCAAGCCUGGACCGAUGCUUUAGCUGGCACGAAGAAGGAUAUUGAUCAUAGCAUGGAUACGGAUGCUCCGACCCAGCCUACCCAUAAGCCUGGAGGCGAUCCGCAAAUCCAAACAAUGGUUCAUGAGGUGAGGAUCACUAAUCAAACGAUGUAUUUAUACCCGAGCAUCGAAGAAGCAAGAUUCCAAAUUAUGCAGCAACUGUUCGCAUGGGAAGCCAUCGUCACUUCUCAGUUAAGGCUGCAGAGUAGCCGGUAUCAAGUAGGAGUCGACAAGCCGGUUACCGAGACUUUCAGGAGCAUUUUAACUAAACUUCCUGCUGGCGCGGAACCGAUGAACAAUGCUUAUAACGCCAUUGCCAGUAAAGUCAAGGAGGUACAAAAAUACGUGAACCAAUGGCUGACUUACCAAUCCUUGUGGGACCUGCAAGCCGACACGCUCUACGGCCAGCUGGGCGAAGACAUCGGCAAAUGGAUGCGCUGUCUCAACGACAUCAAAACAACUAGGUCUACGUUCGACACUUCGGACACCCGUCGUGAGUUCGGGCCGAUCGUGAUCGAUUUCGCGAAAGUGCAGAGCAAAGUGUCCCUCAAGUACGACUCAUGGCACAAGGACACUUUAAGCAAAUUCGGCUCGUUGUUGAGCAACGAAAUGGCCUCCUUUCAUACCAACGUAUCCAAGUCCAGAUCCGAUCUGGAGUUGCAGAGUAUUGAAGCGGCCAGCACUUCGGAUGCGGUGACUUUCAUCACUUACGUACAAAAUCUGAAAAGGAGUAUGAAACAGUGGGAAAAGCAGGUUGAAGUAUACAGGGAAGGUCAACGAAUCCUGGAACGACAACGUUUCCAAUUCCCCACAAACUGGCUUCAUGUGGAAAACGUCGAAGGCGAAUGGGGCGCCUUUAGCGAAAUCAUCAAGCGCAAGGAUUGUUCGAUACAGACCCAAGUGUCCAGCCUGCAACAGAAAAUCGUGUCCGAAGACAAAGCAGUGGAGAGUAGAACGCACGAUUUUCUCGGCGAUUGGGAGAAGAGCAAACCCGUUGAAGGGCAUUUAAGGCCUGAUGAAGCUCUCUCUCAACUCCAGUUGUUUGAAAGCAAAUAUGCGCGACUAAAGGAGGAGCGCGAUAACGUCGCUAAAGCCAAAGAAGCGCUAGAGCUUCAAGAACCGGGCGGAGCCAGCACCAGCGAAGACCGAAUGCAGGUAGUGUUCGAAGAAUUGCAAGAUUUAAGAGGCGUUUGGUCUGAGCUGUCGAAAAUCUGGCAGCAAAUCGACGAAACAAAAGAGAAACCUUGGUUAUCAGUACAGCCAAGAAAACUACGUCAACAACUCGACACAAUGUUGACUCAAUUAAAAGAACUGCCUGCGAGGCUGCGCCAAUAUGCUUCCUAUGAAUACGUGAAACGAAUGCUACAGAACUACACCAAAGUGAAUAUGUUGAUUGUGGAAUUAAAGUCUGAUGCCCUCAAGGAACGGCACUGGAAGCAGUUGAUGAAACAAUUGAGAGUAAAUUGGGUUUUAAGCGACCUCACCUUAGGCCAGGUGUGGGAUGUGAACUUGCAGAAAAACGAAUCGAUUGUCAAAGAUGUGAUACUGGUGGCUCAAGGAGAAAUGGCGUUGGAGGAGUUCUUGAAGCAAGUGCGCGAAUCUUGGCAGACCUACGAAUUGGAUCUGAUCAACUACCAGAACAAAUGCAGGUUGAUCAGAGGAUGGGAUGAUCUUUUCAAUAAGGUGAAAGAGCACAUCAACUCAGUUGCUGCCAUGAAGCUCUCGCCGUACUACAAAGUGUUCGAGGAGGAAGCCCUGACGUGGGAGGAGAAACUGAACCGAAUUAAUGCCCUGUUCGAUGUGUGGAUUGAUGUGCAACGCCGAUGGGUUUACUUGGAAGGCAUAUUUUCGGGAAGCGCCGACAUCAAAACCCUGCUCCCAGUCGAGACUUCUCGCUUUCAUAGCAUCAGUUCCGAGUUCUUAGGCCUAAUGAAGAAAGUGAGCAAGUCGCCUAUGGUGAUGGAUGUGCUUAACAUCCCCGGUGUUCAACGAGCUUUGGAGCGACUUGCCGAUCUUCUGGGUAAAAUUCAGAAAGCUUUGGGAGAAUACCUGGAAAGAGAACGAACAUCGUUCCCGCGGUUUUACUUUGUCGGUGAUGAAGAUCUGCUGGAAAUUAUCGGAAAUAGCAAAAACAUCGCUCGGCUUCAGAAACACUUUAAGAAAAUGUUUGCUGGUGUGGCAUCGAUUAUUUUGAACGAGGAUAACACCAUUAUUACUGGCAUUGCCUCUCGCGAAGGUGAAGAGGUGAUGUUCAGAACCCCAGUGUCAACAGUCGAGUAUCCGAAAAUCAACGAAUGGCUUUCUCUGGUGGAGAAAGAAAUGCGCGUUACUUUGGCCUCAAGCCUUGCACAAGCCGUGCAGGAUAUCAAGCAGUUUAAGGAUGGAAUUGAUCCGAAACUCUUCAUGGAGUGGUGCGACAAGUAUCAAGCUCAAAUUGUCGUUUUGGCUGCACAGAUAUUCUGGAGUGAGGAUGUCGAGGCUGCUUUAACAAAGUUAAAUGGAGAACCACAGAAAGGCCCUCUGGAAAAGGUGCUUCAGCAAGUGGAAAGCACGUUAAAUGUUUUGGCGGAUUCCGUUCUUCAAGAGCAGCCUCAGUUGAGAAGGAAGAAGUUGGAACAUCUCAUCAAUGAGUUUGUUCAUAAGAGAACAGUGACUAGAAAAUUGGUCUCGAGCGGCGUGUGCAGCAACAAAACCUUCGAGUGGCUUUGCCAAAUGCGAUUCUACUUUGAUCCACGCCAAACUGAAGUUCUAAAGCAGCUAACUAUUCACAUGGCAAACGCAGUGUUUUACUACGGUUUUGAAUAUUUGGGAGUACAAGAUAGAUUGGUGCAGACACCUUUAACUGAUAGAUGCUACUUGACUAUGACUCAAGCCUUGGAAGCUAGAUUGGGAGGUUCUCCUUUCGGUCCCGCCGGUACUGGAAAAACCGAAUCAGUAAAGGCGCUGGGCAACCAACUAGGGCGUUUUGUGUUGGUGUUCAAUUGCGAUGAAACCUUCGAUUUCCAGGCAAUGGGACGAAUUUUUGUCGGUUUAUGCCAAGUGGGCGCCUGGGGCUGUUUCGACGAGUUCAAUCGACUAGAAGAGAGAAUGUUGUCGGCUGUAUCGCAGCAAAUCCAAACGAUCCAAGAAGCACUAAAGAGCCAGAAGGAAAGCAGCGAACAGUCCGGACAGCAAACUGGCAGCAUCAGCGUAGAACUGGUAGGCAAGCAGGUGCGAGUAUCUCCAGAUAUGGCCAUAUUCAUCACAAUGAAUCCAGGAUAUGCGGGCAGAUCAAACUUGCCCGACAACUUGAAGAAACUGUUCAGAUCGCUGGCCAUGACUACUCCAGACCGACAGCUCAUUGCCGAAGUGAUGCUGUUCUCUCAAGGAUUCAGGUCGGCUGAAAAGCUGGCUUGCAAAAUCGUUCCGUUCUUUAAGCUUUGUGAUGAGCAACUUUCCAAUCAGUCGCAUUAUGACUUUGGGCUUCGUGCCCUCAAAUCAGUCCUGAUUUCUGCUGGUAAUGUAAAGAGGGACCGGAUUCAACGAAUUAAGGAGGGCAUGACGCAAAGGGGAGAAACAAAUAUUGAUGAAGCCAGCAUUGCGGAAAAUCUUCCCGAACAAGAGAUUCUCAUUCAAUCCGUCUGCGAAACAAUGGUACCAAAGCUGGUGGCUGAAGACAUUCCGCUGCUAUUUAGCUUGCUGAAUGAUGUAUUCCCCAACGUGUUGUAUACUAGGGCUGAAAUGAAAGGCCUUAAGGAUGAAAUCAGAAAGGUUUGCGUUGAGGAGUACUUGGUGUGCGGCGAGGGUGACGAGCAAGGCUCUGCAUGGAUGGAAAAGGUACUCCAACUGUAUCAAAUAUCCAACCUAAACCACGGGCUUAUGAUGGUGGGUCCAAGCGGAUCGGGUAAAAGUACAGCCUGGAGAGUGCUGCUCAAAGCCUUGGAGCGUUUCGAAGGAGUUGAAGGAGUGGCGCAUGUAAUCGAUCCUAAAGCCAUCAGCAAGGAGGCUUUGUAUGGUGUACUGGACCCCAAUACUCGAGAGUGGACUGACGGUCUCUUUACUCACAUUCUAAGGAAAAUCAUCGACAAUGUAAGAGGCGAAAUUAACAAGCGCCAAUGGAUUAUCUUCGAUGGGGACGUGGAUCCUGAAUGGGUGGAGAAUUUGAAUUCAGUUCUUGAUGACAAUAAGCUGCUGACUUUGCCCAAUGGAGAACGUCUGAGUUUGCCACCGAAUGUCCGCGUUAUGUUCGAAGUGCAAGACCUGAAAUAUGCAACUUUGGCAACUGUUUCUCGUUGUGGAAUGGUUUGGUUCUCUGAAGAUGUCCUUUCCACGGAAAUGAUCUUCGAAAACUACAUGCUACGACUUAAACAUAUUCCGCUAGAAGAAGGUCCUCAAGAAUUUGUAGUAGUGGCAGUUGAAGACGACAGCUUUGGAAAGAAAAUUGAAAACAAGGAAGACUCGGUAUCGCCAACACUGCAGGUGCAACAGGACGUGGCCAAUCUUUUGCAGCCUUUCUUACAGCCGGACGGGCUGGUAAUUCGAUGCUUGGAACACGCCAUGGAGCAGGAGCAUAUAAUGGACUUUACAAGGCUGCGGGCGCUCAGUUCGCUUUCCUCCAUGCUCAACCAGAGCGUCAGAAAUGUCCUGGCUUACAACCAUUCCCACAACGAUUUUCCGCUAGCCUACGAGACAUUGGAGCGCUACAUACCCAAAUGCCUGAUCUACGCUAUUCUGUGGAGCUUUGCGGGCGACGCCAAGUUGAAAGUUCGCUCUGAAUUGGGCGAUUUUGUGCGAUCGAUUACCACCGUACCGCUUCCUCCAGACAGCAACUCGCCAAUUAUUGAUUAUGAGGUGACCAUCGAAGGCGAGUGGGCGCCAUGGUCUAAUAAAGUGCCUCAAAUCGAAGUGGAAACCCAUAAGGUGGCAUCGCCGGAUAUUGUGGUUCCCACUCUAGAUACAGUAAGACACGAGUCUCUUCUAUACACCUGGUUGGCUGAGCACAAACCUUUGGUGCUAUGUGGCCCGCCUGGUUCCGGUAAAACCAUGACGCUCUUCUCUGCUUUAAGAGCGUUGCCUGAUAUGGAAGUGGUUGGUUUGAACUUUUCUUCAGCCACUACUCCUGAGCUCCUGCUGAAAACCUUUGAUCACUACUGCGAGUACCGGAAAACUCCUAACGGGGUUGUUUUAGCUCCAGUGCAGCUGGGAAAAUGGCUCGUGCUUUUCUGCGACGAAAUCAACUUGCCCGAUAUGGACAAUUACGGCACCCAAAGAGUGAUCAUGUUCUUGCGUCAAAUCGUCGAGCAAAAGGGCUUCUAUAGGGCGUCAGAUCAAACCUGGGUCUCAAUGGAGCGUAUCCAAUUUGUCGGUGCCUGUAAUCCACCUACUGAUCCUGGAAGAAAACCCCUUUCUCAUCGGUUCUUACGCCACGUUCCUGUAAUCUACGUGGACUAUCCGGGAGAGACGUCCUUAAAGCAAAUCUAUGGCACUUUCACAAGAGCGAUGCUGCGCCUCACUCCCAACUUGAAAGGUUAUGCUGAACCUCUCACGAAUGCCAUGGUCGAGUUCUACUUGGCCUCACAGGACAGAUUCACUCAAGAUAUGCAACCGCAUUAUGUCUACUCACCGCGUGAGAUGACUCGUUGGGUGAGAGGAAUUUGCGAAGCAAUCAGACCUCUGGAUUCCUUGAGCGUCGAAGGAAUCGUUCGCUUAUGGGCCCAUGAGGCACUCAGACUGUUCCAAGAUCGUUUAGUGGAGAAUUCCGAACGCCAAUGGACGAACGAAAACAUAGACUCGGUGGCUCUAAAACAUUUCCCUUCAGCCGAUUCGGCUAAAGCCCUAGAAAGACCGAUUCUGUACAGCAACUGGCUGUCGAAAGAAUACAUGCCCGUUGACAGGGAGCAGUUGAGGGAAUAUGUGAAGGCCAGGCUGAGAGUGUUUUACGAAGAAGAGCUAGACGUUCCUCUGGUUCUCUUCGAUGAAGUUCUCGAUCAUGUGCUGAGGAUUGACAGGAUCUUUAGGCAGCCGCAGGGACAUUUGCUGCUCAUUGGAGUUUCGGGUGCUGGAAAAACCACCUUAUCGCGUUUUGUGGCCUGGAUGAAUGGACUGUCUAUUUUCCAAAUAAAGGUACACAACAAAUACACCGCCGAAGACUUCGAUGAAGACCUGCGCUCGGUUUUGAGACGAUCCGGAUGCAAAGACGAGAAAAUCGCUUUUAUAUUGGACGAAUCGAAUAUGUUGGAUUCCAGCUUCUUGGAGCGCAUGAACACUUUGCUGGCCAACGGAGAAGUCCCAGGACUGUUCGAAGGCGAUGAAUACACCACUUUGAUGACACAGUGCAAAGAAGGCGCCCAAAGAGAAGGGUUGAUGUUGGAUUCAAGCGACGAGCUAUACAAAUGGUUUACUCAGCAAGUAAUGCGCAAUCUACACGUGGUUUUCACCAUGAAUCCUUCAACGGAUGGGCUGAAGGAUCGUGCCGCUACAUCGCCCGCCCUGUUCAAUCGUUGCGUCCUCAAUUGGUUCGGCGAUUGGUCCGAUGGGGCUUUAUACCAGGUGGGCAAAGAAUUUACCAACCGUUUGGAGCUGGACAGGCCGACAUGGAAAUCUCCAGAUUUCUUCCCAGCUGCUUGCAAGUUUGUUCCUGCUAUUCCUCAACAUAGAGAAGCUGUCAUCAAUGCUUGCGUCUACGUUCAUCAGACUCUGCAUAAAGCAAACGUGCGACUGGCAAAGCGAGGUGGUCGGACAAUGGCCAUUACUCCACGACACUACCUAGACUUUAUUCAUCAUUUCGUAAAAUUGCACAACGAAAAACGCUCCGACUUGGAAGAGCAACAGUUGCAUCUGAAUGUCGGUUUGAAUAAGAUUGCGGAAACCGUUGAGCAGGUGGAAGAAAUGCAAAAGAGUUUAGCAGUCAAGUCUCAAGAACUGCACGCGAAAAAUGAGGCGGCCAACGCCAAACUGAAGCAGAUGGUGAAAGAUCAGCAAGAAGCCGAAAAGAAGAAGGUGCAAAGCCAGGAGAUUCAGCAACAGUUGGCCGAGCAAACCGUGCAUAUUGAGCAGAAACGCACUGAAGUGAUGGCGGAUUUGGAUCAAGUGGAACCGGCAGUCAUAGACGCCCAAACUGCUGUAAAGUCGAUCAAAAAGCAGCAACUGGUCGAGAUCCGUUCGAUGGCAAACCCUCCGGCUAUUGUGAAAUUGGCGCUCGAGUCAAUUUGUCUUUUGCUCGGGGAAAACGCCAGCGACUGGAAGUCUAUCCGGGCGGUGAUAAUGCGCGAUAAUUUCAUCAACACAGUGGUCAACAAUUUCAACACUGAAGACAUCAGCGACGAUGUGCGCGACAAAAUGAAGGCAAAAUAUCUGAGCAAUCCGGAUUACAAUUUCGAAAAAGUGAACCAUGCGAGUAACGCUUGCGGGCCGCUGGUGAAAUGGGCCAUGGCUCAGAUCCAGUACGCCGAUAUGUUGAAGAAAGUGGAGCCUUUGCGACAGGAGCUCAGCUCUCUGGAAACGCAGGCGGAAACCAAUAAGAAGCGUGGCGAAGAAGUGAAGAACUUGAUAAGCCAAUUGGAGCAGAGCAUUGCGUCCUACAAGGAGGAAUACGCGCAGCUCAUCGCUCAAGCGCAGGCCAUUAAGACUGAUUUAGAGAACGUUCAGGCCAAGGUGGACCGGUCAAUAGCGCUGCUAAAAUCGCUGGUGAUUGAACGAGAGCGCUGGGAAGCAACCAGUGAGACGUUUAGGGCGCAAAUGUCUACCAUUGUUGGGGAUGUUUUGCUCUCGGCUGCCUUCAUCGCAUAUGGCGGGUAUUUUGAUCAACAUUAUCGACAGAAUCUGUUUACCACUUGGUGCCAGCAUUUAACCCAGGCAGCCAUCCAGUACAGGGCUGAUAUUGCCAGGACUGAGUAUCUUUCCAAUCCGGAUGAGCGGCUGCGUUGGCAGGCAAACGCGUUGCCUUCGGACGAUUUGUGCACCGAAAACGCCAUUAUGCUGAAACGCUUCAACAGAUACCCGCUUAUAAUCGAUCCUUCGGGACAGGCCACUGAGUUCAUCCUCAAUGAGUACAAGGACAAGAAAAUAACCAAAACCAGUUUCCUGGAUGACUCGUUCCGGAAAAACCUGGAAUCGGCCCUUCGGUUUGGCAACCCCCUAUUGGUGCAGGACGUUGAAAACUAUGAUGCCAUCCUAAACCCGGUGCUGAACAGGGAGCUUCGCAGAACGGGCGGCCGUGUUUUGAUCACUCUAGGCGACCAGGACAUCGAUUUGUCGCCAUCGUUUAUAAUUUUCCUCUCCACUCGCGAUCCUACAGUGGAAUUCCCGCCCGAUAUUUGCUCUAGAGUCACAUUUGUGAACUUCACAGUCACUAGAAGUUCGUUGCAGAGCCAGUGCUUGAACCAGGUACUGAAGGCGGAGCGUCCGGACAUCGACGCCAAACGGUCGGACUUGUUGAAACUGCAAGGCGAAUUCCACUUGAGAUUGAGACAGCUUGAGAAGUCUUUGCUGCAGGCCCUCAACGACGCCAAAGGAAAAAUCCUGGACGACGACAGCGUCAUUACUACUCUGGAAACUUUGAAAAAGGAGGCCGCUGAGAUCGGGCAAAAGGUCGAAGAAACCGACAAGGUGAUAUCGGAAAUCGAGACAGUUUCCCAGCAAUACCUGCCGCUUUCGCAAGCCUGCAGCAACACCUACUUCACAAUGGACAGUCUCAACCAAGUCCACUUCCUCUACCAGUACUCUUUGCAGUUCUUCCUGGAUAUGUUUAACAGCGUGUUGCUAAUCAAUCCCAAACUGGAUGGAGUCACCGACUACCAGCACAGGCUCAACAUAAUCACCACCGAUCUGUUCCAAGUGGUCUAUGAGAGGAUUGCCAGGGGCAUGCUGCACAACGACCGGAUGACUUUCGCCAUCCUUCUAUGCAGGAUUUGCCUAAAGGGGCUUCCUAACGAACUCAACUACGACCAGGAGUUCAGCUUCUUCCUGCGCGCCAAAGAGGGCCUGUUAAGCUCCUCUACCAGUCCUAGUGUGGAUGGACUUAACACUGAACAACAGGAGGCUUUGACCAGACUAUCGCGAAGGUUGCCAGCCUUUAAAAAAUUACCGGAGAAAAUCAAGGAAAUGCCCGAAUUCAGUGCCUGGCUGCAGCAAAGCGCGCCCGAACAGGCUGUUCCGCGUCUUUGGAUCGAGGAGAAGCAGCUCAGCCCCAUCGGCACUGCCAUGUACCAGCUUUUGGUGAUCCAGGCCUUUAGACCCGACCGAAUUAUUGCAGCUGCUGCGUUGUUCGUCUCGGCCGUUAUGGGGCCGGAGUUUAUGGCGGCUGCAGAAAAGGAAAUCGACCUGGGCGCAAUUGUGGAAAAGGAAAUCAAAGCCAACGUGCCAGGUCUGUUGUGUUCCGUGCCUGGAUUCGACGCAUCCGGACGAGUGGAUGAUUUGGCUACUGAGCUGAACAAGCAGAUUUCCAGUAUUGCAAUUGGAUCGGCCGAAGGCUUUAAUCAGGCACAUCGCGCUAUUAACGUGGCUUGCAAAUCGGGAAGAUGGGUGAUGUUAAAGAAUGUCCACCUCGCUCCUCAAUGGCUGGUUCAGCUGGAGAAGAAGCUGCAUUCCCUGCAGCCACAUGCCAGCUUCAGGCUUUUCCUCACUAUGGAGAUCAAUCCGAAACUUCCCGUUAACUUGCUGAGGGCCGGAAGAAUCGUUGUGUUCGAGCCUCCGCCAGGCAUUAGGGCCAAUCUCCUCAGGACUUUCAGUACUGUACCGGCCAGCCGAAUGAUGAGAGCUCCCAACGAAAGAGCCCGACUCUACUUCCUACUUGCUUGGUUCCAUGCCAUCGUGCAAGAAAGAUUACGGUACUGCCCCUUAGGAUGGGCCAAAUAUUACGAAUUCAGCGAGUCUGACUUGCGAGUGGCUUGCGAUACUUUGGACACAUGGAUCGAUGCCACUGCUAUGGGUAGAACAAAUCUGCCACCUGAAAAGGUUCCUUGGGACGCCUUAGUCACGCUGUUAUCGCAGUCGAUUUACGGUGGUAAAAUCGACAACGCUUUCGAUCAGAGAUUGCUGCAGUCUUUCCUCAACAAGCUGUUCACCAGCAAGAGCUUCGAGGGGGAUUUCGCAUUGGUGGCCAAUAUCGAUAAUGGCCCUAACGGGAAUAGGCACAUUACCAUGCCCGAUGGAACUAGAAGGGACCACUUUUUGAAAUGGAUUGAAAGUCUGGCUGAUAGGCAGACUCCAGCUUGGUUAGGACUUCCAAACAAUGCCGAAAAGGUUCUACUUACCACCAGAGGCACUGACUUGAUCAGCAAGCUGCUGAAAAUGCAGCAAUUGGAGGAUGAUGAUGAGCUCGCGUACAAGUUGGACGAGGCAUCUCCUAGCGAUCCGAGCGCCCAGAUCGACGGUAGACCCUCUUGGAUGAAAACCCUACACAAUUCUGCCUUAACCUGGUUGCAAUUGUUGCCUAAAUCGCUGCAGACUCUUCGAAGAACGGUGGAGAACAUCAAAGAUCCCCUUUAUCGGUAUUUCGAGCGCGAAGUCAACUCCGCUUCGAAGCUUCUGCUUGACGUGAUUCACGAUCUGAAUGACGUGCUUCUGAUCUGCCAGGGCGAGAAGAAGCAGACGAAUUAUCAUCGAACCAUGCUUGGAGAGCUAGUGAGGGGAAUUAUUCCAGCCAAUUGGCAUAGAUACACGGUUCCGAAAGGAUGCACAGUGAUUCAAUGGAUUACGGACUUUAGUCAGCGAAUUAAGCAGCUGCAGCAGAUAUCGAAAGUGGUUUCCACCUCAGGGGCCCAGGAAUUGCAGAGCUUCCCGGUGUGGUUAGGAGGCUUAUUAAACCCUGAGGCCUGGAUUACCGCCACCAGACAAUGUGUGGCUCAAGCUAACAGCUGGUCGCUGGAGGAAUUGUGCUUAGAUGUAACAAUUACCGAUUCCCAUGAUACAUCUGCUAUUCCCCAAGACUGCUUCGCUAUAAUUGGCUUGAAACUGCAAGGGGCCCAAUGCAAGAACAACCAGCUCUUGCUUACUUCGAGCAUAAUGUCCGAAUUGCCGAUCACGUUGCUGCGCUGGUCGAGAUCAACGGAAGAUAAAACGUCCGGAAGCAAAUUGUCUUUGGCAGUUUACUUAAAUUCAACCAGGACAGAGCUGUUGUACACUGUGGACCUGAAUAUUGCCCCAGGGCAAGAUCCGCACAGCUUCUACGAGAGGGGCGUCGCCCUGCUAACAUCUACUGCUUUAAAUUAAACGGUAUUUAAUGAUUUAAAUCCAUUUGCUUAUAGUGAGAAUAAUAAUUUUAUUUAUUUUUUUAUUAUCCGUUAUAAUGCUCAUUGGGCCUAAUGUUUUUGGUUUGUUCAAUGAGCAUUGUUGCAGCUUUUUGUAGUUAAGUAUCGAAAGAAAAAAUGUAUUUAAUAUUAUCACGUCUAUAAACUAGUAACUUUAUCAAA